AUGUCGGUGUCAUUUCUAGCUCAACGAGCAGUUAAGCUGUUGGUGACUUUGGCAUCAAUCGUGAUCUUCAUCCAGGGAGCGUUUGUAAUCGUAACACACCAGGUGCUGACGAAAACGUUCUUGACACACGAUCCAAUUCGAAUGCAGAAACACUUGGAUCGUAGUAAGAAGAGUUUCAUCAUAUUGUUAAUCACGAUAUUAACAAUAGUAGCGCCUUCCGGAGUGCGCAUCACAACUGACAACAGAAGUAUACCGAAAAAUACUAUGGUCAAAGACCUUCGCACCGGGGGAAUUAUCUCGAGCAUGAAGCAAAAGUCGGUUCUCAUUUCGAAUCAUCAGAUAUAUACUGACUGGGUCUUCCUGUGGUGGCUGGCCUACACCGGGGACUUGGCGGGAAACGUUUACAUCAUGCUGAAGAACUCGCUGGCAAAGAUCCCAAUCAUGGGAUAUGGAAUGAGAAACUAUAACUUUAUUUUCAUGAAUCGCAAAUGGAGCAAGGACAGGAUCAACCUCGCAAACCACCUGGGCAACCUGGAUCAUAACGCGCGCGGGGUUGGACGACUAGCCGGAAAACACCCCUCCCUUGACAUCGCAAGCGGCAAAGAGGUUUGGAGCGACAAUGGAGCGGCUACGAAAGACCACCGGCAAAUAAGGUGGCCCUACACACUUAUUAUCUUUCCUGAGGGCACAAAUCUUAGUGCGAAUACUAGGGAAAAGAGCAGAGUAUUUUCUGAAAAGGCCAACUUGCCCAUCUUCAAUAAUCUGGUCCUUCCCCGCGUUACCGGUCUAAGGUUCUCGCUCCAAGAAUUAAGAAACAGCUGUGAGGUUGUUUAUGACACGACCAUUGGGUACUCUGGUGUUAAGCAGAACGAAUAUGGCCAAGAUAUCUAUCAACUGAGUAAUAUAUUUUUGAGAGGUCACUCUCCGGACUUAGUUGAUAUCUACAUCCGAGCGUUUAACCUCAAAGAUAUUCCUUUAGAUGACGAGGAAGAGUUCACAAAGUGGCUCUUAGAUGUAUGGCACGAAAAGGACAAACUUCUAGACACCUUUUAUGCCAAGGGAAGUUUCGAUCUGGAUCCUAACACCCAUCAAGUAACUACUGGGACUUGUAAGAUCAAGUCCUCCGAGGUUGCUCAGUUCCUAAUACUUCCUCUCCUUUCUCUAGCGGCACUCGUUGCCAAAAUUUUGCGUAGCUUUUGCUAA